AUGUCGCGCGUGUUCUUCAUCCAACUGGUGGCCGUCAUCGUGGCCCUCCUCUUCGCCUUCGCCGUCUUCGCCGACGCUCAGGCCACCCCCACGCCCUCGGCUUCCGCCUCGGCCCUGCCUUCCCCCGUGGCUUCCGCCUCGCCCUCGCGCUCGCCCAAGGCCUCCGUGGCGCCCUCGUCGGCCUCGUCGCUCAACGGCUUCCUCCUCGAGGCCCUCUCCUUCCUCUUCUAA